GAGAGGAGAGGAGAGGAGAGGAGAGGAGAGGAGAAGAGAGGAAAGGGAUAAUGGCUGGACUAGAGGAUCAGAGCAUCAGCGUGGCUGGCAUGACCCUGCGUGACGUCAUGUCAGGGACGGAGCCAGAGGAGAGCGGGGACGAGCUGCUCCCAGGGGGACAACAGCCAGACAGCGGUGACGAGUGGGACACGGACCUAGAGGUGGACGACUUCAGGAAGAGGAGGCUGGUGGUGACGGCGACUGACCUCUACCUGCAGGCCUGUCAGAUCGUGGGCGUCAUCCCGGCCACCUACUACCUGCGUCACCUGGACCAGCCCACUCUGAACAUGAACCACCACGGCCUGGGCCCCAAAGGAACCAAGGCCUUAGCCAUCGCUUUAGUGUCGGACAUUAAUAUCACGGAUCUGGAGCUGGAGGACAAUGGCAUCCUGGCAGAGGGGGUGGGCUAUCUGGCGGAGAUGAUGAAGGAAAACUUUUAUAUCCAGAGGAUGAAUCUUUCCUACAACAACCUGCAGACAGAUGGUGCUGAGAAUGUUGCCAAAAUGCUGAUGGAGGACACCGCCAUCAAAGUCCUCAAACUGUCAGGAAAUGGAUUUGUCGACGAAGCAUCUAAAUACUUUGCAGAUGCCUUGGCGACCCAUUUCCAGGUGAAAUCGCUUGAUCUUAGCCAUAAUCAGUUCUGUGAGAACGAGCACCUUGGCCACAUGUUGGCCAGUAAUGAGAGCCUGGAGACACUGAAUCUGAGCUGGAACUUCCUACGCAUGGGUGGGGCAGUGGCACUCUGCAAUGGGCUGAAGGUGAACGUGACCCUGAAGCACCUGGACCUGUCCCAUAACGGUUUCGGCAAUGAGGGCGCCCAGGCAGUAGGGGACGCCCUGCGCCACAACAACACCCUGCUCUCCCUGGACCUCUCCAGCAACCGCAUCACCGACCAGGCGCUCCGCCUACUCUGCCACGGCCUGGCCGUCAACGACUCACUCAGGGUGCUCCGGCUGCUCCAAAACCCUAUAACAUCUGGAGGCACCUUACUGCUGCUCACCACCAUAAGGAACAACCCCAAAUCAGGCCUGGAGGUCCUGGACAUUUCGACAUUAGUGGUGAGCGAGGCCUUUGUGGAGCUGCUGGAGAGUGUGCGUCAGGAUCAUCCGGCGCUGGAGGUCCACUACCAGGGAGUCGCCGGCUACUUCAGCCGCGGCCGCAAGCUCGACCCCAUCCAGACGCUUCAGAAAAUACUUGCAGAACGCACUCAGAGCCUUGCAGACUUCUUCAGGAAAAUAGACAAGGACGGAAGCAUGAGGGUGCACGCUUCGGACCUCAAGAAGGCCAUACAGCAAGAGAAGAUACCCCUUGACUGCUACAGCAUCGAGGUGUUGAUUCAGAAGCUGGGGGCUGAUAAAGCAGGCAUGAUAGAUUACAGCUCGCAGUCUUAGGGGAGGGAAACUGUAGCUACAGUCCCCAUCAAUGCAGCAGAGACCACAAUGGUACCAAGUCAUGGGGAAGAGCGGAGUACAGUUUCAUUGGCUGAAAAGAAGCAAACUAAACCAAAAUAUCUUAA